UAGGGACUCAACCGGCCGAUAUUUCAAGGAUUGGAUGAGUUGAGCGUUUUUGGGGGUGUGGAUGAGUUAAGCAUUAGAUGAGUUGAGGAUUGGAUGAGUUGAGCGUUUUUGGCCGUGUGGAUGAGUUAAGUGUUAGAUGAGUUAAGGAUUGGAUGAGUUGUAGGGGAAAUGGUUAUAUUAAUGUAAGUGAUCUGAGAGAGAUUUUGCGAGCUUUGGAUGACAAAAUAACGGAUGAUGAAUUGGAUGAAAUGAUUGCAGAAAUUGAUACUGAUGGGUCUGGAACUGUUGAUUUUGAUGAAUUUCUUGAAAUGAUGUCUGGAGAAUAAAAGGAAAAAAAAUAUUUUUGA